AUGGAAGCAACGAUGGAUCAUGAGAUGGAUGAAUGGAUAGAAUAUUUACGUACCUCUUCAUUUGGUAAACGUCACACCAAAUCCCACACACUUUGCCGUCGUUGUGGUAACCGAUCUUUCCACAAGCAAAAGAAGACUUGUGCUCAAUGUGGUUACCCUGCUGCCAAGAUUCGAUCCUUCAACUGGUCUGAAAAGGGCAAGAGAAGAAAGACUACCGGUACUGGUCGUAUGCGAUACUUGAAGGUUGUCCACCGUCGUUUCAAGAAUGGUUUCCGUGAAGGUACUCAAGCUAAGAAGCAAGAAUCAGCUUAG